AUGGAUGAGGCAGGCGAAGUACUGGUUAACGAUGAAUUUAAAAUUAAGGCAAAUCUGAACGCUGAAAUAAAUCUUCUGAGACCUGCGAAAUCUGAAUCUAAGGCGGACGACUGUGAUGAUGAUGGGACUAAAAACAUUGAUGUGGAUAUGGAAUUAAACGAACUGAUUGAGAACAACAACCGCAACAAAAACCGCAACAGCAACCGCAACAACAACCGCAACAGCAACAACAACCCUACUGAAAACAGUGACAUUAUGGAAAGUGCACAUUGUAAAAACAACAACAGCAACAAUAACACUAACAACAACAACAAUAAAACAAACAACAACAAUAAAACAAACAGCAACAAUAACACUAACCACGAUCAUAAAAAUAACAACAACCCCAACAAUGACAAUAACAACAAAAAGAGCAAAACCGCGGAUGGAACCAUUGAGAAUGAGGAUAAAUUAGAUUUUGGUGCAAGUACAUCAGUCGAUGCUGAAACAAAAAUUACUACAGAACACAAUCCCGAGAGAGAUAAGAUAAUGUUCAAGAAAAGUGAUAAUAUUUCCUCAGAAACCAUGACUGAUUCGCCUGACGACGUCUCAAAAUCUUCAAAGUACAUAACCGGCGAUACUGUCAUUAGACCGAACUUUGUUAAAAAGCUUGAAAGUUUUGUAGCCUCUAUGAAUGUGACAAGUGAAUUUAAAACGAAUUUAAAAAAUAAAUGUUUGAUAUCUAGCGUCGGAGGGGACAGGAGCGAAAAAAAGUACAAUCUCGUCCAUUCGAGGUCCAACUAUCAACCACACUGUCACUUUGCUGAUUCAAAACCGCUCGAUCUAUCGGUGAGAAAGGGUAACAACUGUUCAUCCCUGCCUGCAAAUUACGCUUACAUGGAGUCUGUAAAGAAUAACAAUUCUCUGAAUGAGCUGGAGAAAAAGUUUGGUCAAAAGUCGCAAAUAUUUGAAAGUAUUGGAGGCACGCAACCAACAUCAUUGAUGUCAUCUUCAACGUCUUCCAUCAUUCCGAAUUGGGUGCCAAGCGCAAAACGAAAUGCUCUUUCUUGGUUCAACAAUGCCUCACUGUACAACAACUUCUACUCUAACCAGUUCAGUUCAUCGUCUUCGUUGAAGGACGACAGCGCAUGCAACUUGUACAUGUCUCCAUACUCUAACAACAAGUCUCCAAUGCAGUCCAGAGAACUGGUCACAAGUUCAUCGCAGGUGUUCGAAGAAUGCUCAUCUACGCUAGAUGGCAGUCAUGAAACUUCUGAUAACUCAACAGAAGUCGAUUCGAAACGGUCGAAAUCCCCAUGUUCAGAUCGAGUCGAAUCAAGUCGAGACGAGAUAGAUCAGUCGAACUUUGAACAAAUUGAACGAUAUUCAAAAUCAGUGAGCAACAUAACUUGUUACAGUUGCAGUAAAGAGUUCAAGUCCUACCUGGAUUUAACGUUGCACAUGAUUCAAACCAACCACUACGACAAUCUCGUGUAUUCGUUGAACUGCAACAAGAGGCCACACUCAACAGCCAGCAGCGGCGAUCUCUCGACUGCCAGCAGCAGCAGCAGCAGCAGCAGCAGCUCAUCGGAGUCUUCCAUUGCUCAUUGUUCGGUGAAAAGUGAGGUGGUCGAUAAGUUGUCAGAGGAAAGAAAAGUUUCUUCGCUGAAGCGGCCUAGAAGUUUAGAUUUUUUUAAAGUUGUAGAAACUGUUGAUGACGCUGACUUGAGAAAUAAAAAUAUUUUUAGAAAUUCAAAAAAGUUGAAAUGCCAAGAAAACGCAGAAACCAGUAGGUUUGUAAUGAAAAGUAAUACAAAUGAAGAUCGAGAUCCCAAUGAGAACUGCGUCGAUGAGCCGCUGAAGAGUCAAUUAUUCAGUAGCAGCAGCAGCAACAACAACAACAAUAUGCACUUGCUCUGGCAAAAUUAUAUUUGGAAAUCAUUAAGCGAUCAACAUAAACAACAGCAACAACAUACACAAGGCUUACCAAUGUCGACACAUUCCCAGCAACAACCGCAACAACAAAAACAACCCCAGCAACAACAACCAGCUGAUCACGCAACUCCGCUUCAUUCCCAACUUCCUGCAUUCCCACUUCCAUUCCUCUUUCUUCCCUGGAUGAAUGCCAGGUUUUUCAACAACAUAAGUGGUUUGAUGAGCAACAACAUCAACAACAACAGCAGCAUCACUUUCCACAACAACAACAACAACGCUACAAACUUCAACACCACCAAUGCAAGUAUUCUCAGCAAUAACAACUUCAGUGGCAACGAUUUUUACAGCAAUCAGCAACAAGCAACAGCUCAGUUUAACUUUCAAAACUUCAAAUACCCACAACUGCACCAUGCACUUCACAAAACCGCAAACCAGCACAACGUCAGCCACGGACCAACAGGCCACACCCAACAAAAACCUACAAAAAACUCAAGAUCAAAUCCUAAACCUCAAAGACACGGCAUCAACCCCAACGAUAUUCUCACCACCAUCACCAGCAACGACAACGUUAACAACCAAACUAACGCCAUAAACAACACAAAUGUUAACACCAGUAAUGGCAGCAGCAACAACAACAUCAGCAAAAACGACUUAAAAUCAUCAGUCUCCGACACUUCUUCUUCUAACUCUGCUCUCAAACAACUUGAAGGAAUGGUCUACGGCAGAAGAUGCGCACCACCAAAAAUCGAAUGCAGUCCAAGAAUUUACAAUAAAAUUUCACAAAGUUUUUACAACAAAACAUCUACGAAGAGUUCCAGCAGUAGCAAACAAAAAGGUGACAAAUAUUUAGCCCAACAAUACAGCAACAACACAAUUAACAACAACAACUACUUGUAUGAUAACUCGGUGCCCAGGUUGACAUCACCAUCAUCAUUAAGUUUUCACCAUCACCAUCGCGCUCACAACAACAGCAGCAACCACAACCACCACAGCAACAACAUCAGCGAAAACGCAGUUGUUUUAAACAACACCACCACCAGCAACAACAGCAGCAGCAGUUCGAACUCAAUUCUGGAUAAGUUUUACAAGUACCAGCAACUGGCGAACGAUUUAUCGAAAAGUACCAAAUAA